CAUUGUCAAAGGAAUAGUAAAUACAAGAAAAGAUGAUGACAUCAACGACCGCUUUAAUCACUCGUACACAGCAAUGGUCCUCGUCUUGUUUGCAGUGGUAGUGACCACCGAAAAUUAUGUUGGCAAUCCAAUCAAGUGCUGGACGCCUCCCCAAUUCACCGGUAACUUUUUUUUGAUAUGUAGACAAUUUUAAUUCUUACACCCAUUCCAUUUGCUGGGUCAAAAACACGUAUUACAUUCGAUUGAACGAAACAAUCCCUGAAACAGACUUUUACGAAAGGAAACCUCAGUUGCGAUAUUAUCAGUGGGCUCCGUUUAUCUUCCUCGUGUUUGCACUGCUAUAUCAACUCCCUUGUCUUUUUUGGAGGUCGAAUAAUGAGACAUCGGGCAUCAACCUCCAAAAUAUUGUCGAGAUUGGGGAAAAGUACCACGAAGCAGAAACCAACGAAAACAGAGACGAGCAAAUCAAACUUAUUACCAGACAUUUUAAUCGCUAUUUUGGGCUUAAACAACGAUGCAAGAGUGGAUCUAUCAUUUGGAAAAAAUCGCUCAGUGUGACUUAUUUGGCCACAAAAAUGUUGUAUUUCCUCAAUGCUCUGGCUCAGUUCAUAAUCACCGAUCUUUUGCUUUCCAACGGCAACUUGAGUGUCUAUGGUGUUACUUUAGUGAGGGAUCUUCUGUCUGGGAGGACACCGGAGUCUAUUUUCUUCCCCAGACAGACUUUGUGUGACUUUUAUGUCCGAGAAUUGGGAUUGGAGAUUAUUGGGACCAGACAUACUGUUCAGUGUGUCCUUUCUAUCAAUUUGUUUUUGCAAGCCAUAUUUUCAUUCUAUUGGUUUUGGCUCCUUCUGGUCCUUCUCUAUAAUCUUUCUAACACAUUCCAUUGGAUGGUCCACCUUUGCUCAAAAAGCAAUUCUCGUUCUUAUGUCCUCAAACACAUUCGUCAAGAACUUUUACUCAAUUCCAAUCCUGACAAGUGUUGUAGAAACGACCCGCAGAUUAACAAAUUCAUCGACCAGUACCUCCAGACUGACGGAAUCUUUGUAUUGAGACUGAUUUCCCGAAAUAUCAGUGAUAUUGUUAUGACUGAUCUCACGAGCGCCCUCUAUGAAAAUUUCAAAAUUAUGGAAAGUGUGUCUAACCUGGAAUCCAGUUUUAGUUUCGCUAAAAAUGUUUGA